AUGAUCACAACUGGAGUCAAUCCAACACCAACAGUAAAGUUGAGUGGAUCAUUCACCUAUACUCAACCGGUUGUAGCCUAUACCAACAACACAGUUCGUGUCUACGUCAUGACUGUCGAUGUACCAACAGGUCAAUACAAUGCAGUUCAACUCAAUCUUACAUCAGGAUCAAAGACAAUGUCACCAUUAAUCGAUCUAUAUUGUAACAUUCCAACUAUUCCAAGCGAUAAACCAUUGACUCCAAAGAGGGUACCACUGCCAGCAGUGAGCAAUCAACUGCCGAGUUAUGUGGUCAACCUCAACACCAACUCACCAUUCACCUACUUUACAUGCGCCACCAAUUUACCAUUUGUUGCAUGUCAGUCUAAAAAGUUGAGCGACAAUGGUUUAUGUCUGAUCACACUCUCGAUCAAUGGCAACCCAUCAACUCUCACUGAUGAUCCGGUCCAAGUUACCCUUUCCCACCCCAGCAUGAACACCCCCGCCACCUUUGUCCUGGACCCAAUCGCCCGUCACAACGGCUCUCCACUCAAUGGUGCUCAGGCUCUCCCAUUCAAGCCUUCCUCAGCCACCACGCCCAUCUCCAAGAAGAAGCAAAUAGUCUCCACACUCAACGUGGCUUCGGCCAGUGGCUCACUCCUGGUCAACCAGGCCGGCUCGACCUACCAAGCCAUGUACGGCCCAGUGGUCUCCAACAGCUCCAAUCAAGCAUUUGUGUCGCUCAGCACCCCAGCCACCCCCACAAUUCAGGUUUACGGAUGGAAUGUGGACAACACUGCCGCCACCAGCACCAGUUUGGUCAACUACACUGCCGAUCCCAUGAAUGUGUACCAAUUCCAGAACCUGGCCGAUGGUCCACCCGACCAGACAACCACUGGCGAGAACAUGUACAACGUCUACUACCAGGGUGGACUGUGCACUGACCUCAAGUACAGGAUCAACGGCCACAAUCCAAGAAUAUCGACCUAUCCCUUUGGCAUCUUUGAGAAAUACGGAGCAGAUGGAGGCAAGUCCUCAUACUGUUUCUCCAUCCCCUCGGACAAUGCCUUUGGAUUCAACGACAUUGGUUCCAGCCUGUACCUCGGAUGUGAUGGCCAGGCAGAGACCGUUGUGCCCGUGACAUUGACAGCGUCAUCAGAUCUGAUCGCCCCAUUGAUCACCGACUUUAAGGUCAUCCCAUUGACAUUCCAGAGUGUUAUCAUCAAGGCCACCAUCAAGGAUGCCGGUGGCUCAGGCUUCAGGACUCUGGGCUUUGGUCCAAACAACGAAGAUCUUUUGACAUACCGCGACCUUGUUGUCGGCAACAAUGGAGCUGGUACCUACGAGAAGGAGUUGUUCUUUGGCAAGCGUGCCCUCAACGAUUACUUCCCAUUCACACUCUACGACUUUGCCAACAAUGUCAACGUCAUUCAGCAGGGCGAGUUGAUCAACCCCCUUGGCCAACAGCUUGUUCUCGACUUUAACUCACUCGUGGCCUUUGAUGUCACUUCGAUCAGCAACCUCAUGUUCCAGCAGAACAAUGUCAAUGGCGACCAAGUGAUCACCAACACAUUGUUCUUCAACCUCACGCUGCUCCCAGGACGCACCAUGCCCAACAACUACUACCCAUCACUCCAGUUCAACCUUGGCCUUGGCAACAUAUUGGUCUUCAACGGCACAGUCCAGCAAGAGGUCAACGGAGAUCUCUAUGCCGUGAUCCCCUUUACACUCCCUGCCAACUUGGUAUCUGGCAGUGUACCAUACUCUGUGUUCCUGCCAUUCGAGGUGACCUAUGAGGCCUUGUACGCACAGCUCGGAUCGUCCAUGGUGUUCAACGUCGUGUCGACAACGGGAGACCAGUACCCACCAGUGAUUACCUCCAUCUCCAAGCUCACCCUUGGUCUCAACGGUACCUACCAACCACAUGGCUGGGACAUCGUGAUCAGCGAUCCAAUCAACGGAUUCGACUCGGGUUGGUUCAAUGUCACAGGCACCUUGGACUGGGAGCCAUACAUCAUCACCAUCGACAGCACCAACAGGAUCAGUGGCGAUAGCAAGGUGGGCACAUAUCAUGUCGUGUUCCAGCCCCUGGCCAAAUGUUUGACCCAAACAUUUGUGAUCACCGAUGCCUACCUCCGCGACAAGUCUGGCUUCUUCUCUAGAAUGAGCUCGUUCGCUGGCGGUGCCAACUCAUUGGCCACCAUCGAUCCUUUCCUCAACAUCUACGCCUCGCCCUCCGAGUUGGCCAUGAACCUAACACAAAAGUGCACAGGAACCAACGAUGCCGAUUUGCCCUCGGUCACAAACGUGGCGUUCAACAUUGGCACAGUGGACACAGCAAGUGUAUCAGGACGCAGUGUCAACGUAGCCUUCAGCAUUUAUGAAACCAACAUCAGCCCUCGUCACCGUCCAUGGGUCUACUUUGCAACCCACGGCUUUGACGUUGUCGGCUACCCACUCACCUACAAGCCAGACACCAACAACGCUGGAUACACUUUCUACAUCGCCAACGUCACCCUGCCAUACGGCUUUGGCGCCACUGGUCUGCUGUUCACCUCCCUAUUUGGUGUGUCCGACUUGUACUACAACACCAUGGGCAAGACUACUUCAUACUUCCAGAGCGGACCAUUCAGCUACAAGAUACAGAACACUCGUUCAUUCCAACCAUUGUUAGAGAGGACCUCGCCCAUCACUGUACUGGGAGGCGACAUCACAAUUCAAGGUCGUGCCUUUGGCUAUGAUGUCAGCAAGUUCAAGAUCAACGCCCAGUUUGCCAACGGUACUGCGUUCGUUCCAGUCACUGUCAUGUAUGGUGGAACGUACUUUAGCUUCAACAUGGAUGCAUUCAACCAGGACCUCAAGGUCAGUGUGACUACACCCGCUGGCACCUCCAACCUUGUGACCAUCACUCCAUUGCCCGCGCCAACCAAUGUUCCAAUCCCAUCAACUACGACCACGACAUCGACUACAUCAGCGCUACCAACUACAUCCACAACCACAUCCACAACAUCGACUACCGGACAGGCUACCACAGGCACAUCCACGACCACUACCACUACUGGCACUACCUCCACAACCACAUCCACGACAACUACCACAACAACAACAACAACAACAACAGGAGGACCACAAUGCAACAAGUUUGGAUGUGUUCAUGGUGAUUGUGUGGCAGAUGAUGAAUGUCUAUGCUUUAAGGACAGUGGCUAUAUAGGACAAUCAUGUAAUGAUAAGCCUGCCAACGUGACGCCACCAUACAACCCUGAUGGACCAGGCAGUCAGACGAUCAUCGAUGGUAUCUCAACUACCAUCUCACUGUACGAGCUCAGGGAGAUUAAUAACAACUUAGAAACAUUCAAGUCAUUCUCAUUGCACAACGCCACUUGGAGGGCGCGCAAUGAGACCGCUGCCAACGGCAACCUCAAGGCAGUCUACUCGACAGUGCUCAACAACUCAAUCUCCACCAUGGUCAACAUUACCAUUCAAUGGUUUGAGCAGGCGACCAACGUGACAUUUGGUGGACGCAACAUAUCGAUGAAUGCGCAGACGGCCAAGUACACGAUCUACCUGUCCCAGUACGACUUCAACUCGACGCUCAACGCCAUGCAGUUGGUGUUGAAGUUGUCGGUGGAGGGCGACAACGAGAAGUGCUCGUCCAAGCAGGUCGGUGGCACCAAUGACAACUUGCAAUGGAUCAAUCUCAACGUGGGCGACAAGAGUCUUUACGGCCGCUUCGUCCAGUUUGGCGUGUUUGACGACGCCACCAGACCCGUGAGCAACACGCUGCUCGACAGCGACGAGAAGCCAACCGAUGGCAAGAAGUCUCAGUCUUUGGUCGGUGUCAACAUAAUACACUUUGACCGAUAUGCAUUGCUCGAUCCAGACUUCCAAUAUCUUAUCGAUCAGGAUGGCAACAGCAAGAGGAACAACCAGGUGUGUGACAACUCUAGUGGAUUGACCAAGCAACAAUUGAUUGGUAUCAUCGUAGGAUGUGCAGCCUUUGGUGCUGUCAUCGUCGCCAUUGGUGUCUACUCUGUUCACAGACACAUGCAGAUGAAGGCCAACAAGAGGGAUAUGUCUGCGAGACUGAGUUCCUUGGAUAAAUAA